CACGGUUGCUAUGGUUUGUUUUAAGGCGCAUCUUUCGGCAAACUUCAUCAUUUCCAAACAUCCCGAGCGACAGACAAGUCACAGAAACUAUCACAGCAAAACUUUCUCAUCGAUCAACGAUUACCGGACCAUUUUUUCUCCCUUAAACGUUCCCGACAAGCGCGCCGACAUCUGAGUACACGACCCUGUGCAUGGCAGACAUGGACCCGGUUCCGGACCCUUCCGGUGCUGCAGAGCUGGUGCCCCGCAGGACCCCGGCACCAGCUUCUGGCAGUGGUUUCUCUCCCUCUCUCUCUUCUUCCUCAAGCUCUUUCUCUGGCUCUCCCUCUUGGUCUCUCCCUCACUUUUCCCCUCUCCCUCCCCUUAUCUCUCCCCUUUCCCCUUCUUCUCCCUUUUUCCCUAGCACUCCUUCCUCUUCCUCUUCCUCUUCCCCUCACUCUCCCCCUGCCCUUUCUUUUCGCAUUCUCCCUAGCUCUUUUGCUUUUGGCUCUUCCUCCAGCUCUUCCCUUUGCACUCCCCCUGGCUCUCCCUCUGGCUCUCCCCCCGGAUAUCUCACUGGUUAUUCCUCUGACUUUUCCUCUUGCUCCCCCACUUCAGUGUUGGAGGAGAAGCAGUGGAUUCUGGUGCCGACUGAUCAUCCUACGAGGCUCAUCCUGAGGCGCUUAGACCAGACACCCAGAGAGCCACUCCAGCCUUCCUUUGUGAAGAAGAUGUACCACCGCUUCACCUGGACUUCCGUUCCUGUCCCGGGCCCUACCGGACACGGCGUCCCACGGCUGAUCCUCCGUAGGACCCUGUCGCUGACCUCUUCUCCCCCUCUCUCUCCCACUCCCUCUUCCCCUCUCUCUCCCUCUCCCCCCUCCUCUCUCCCUCACUCUCUCUCUUCCCCUCUCUCUCCCCCCUCCUCUCUCCCUCACUCUCUCUCUUCACCUCUCUCUCUCCCUCUCUCUUCCCCUGACUCUUCUCUCUCUCCUGAGCCACAGUGGGUGACGGCGUUGCGGAGCAUCAUCCUGGAGAGAAGAUGUGCUCGCAGUGAAGGUAAGUCACCAGGAAGGUCACCAGGUAAGUCACCAGGAAGGUCACCAGGAAGGUCACCAGGUAAGUCACCAGGAAGGUCACCAGGUAAGUCACCAGGAAGGUCACCAGGUAAGUCACCAGGUAAGUCACCAGGAAGGUCACCAGGAAGGUCACCAGGUAAGUCACCAGGUAAGUCACCAGGAAGGUCACCAGGAAGUCACCAGGUAAGUCACCAGGUAGGUAACCAGGUAAGUCACCAGGUAAGUCACCAGGAAGGUCACCAGGAAGGUCACCAGGUAAGUCACCAGGUAAGUCACCAGGAAGGUACCGGGAAGGUCACCAGAUAAAUCACCAGUAAGUCACCAGGAAGGUCACCAGGAAGGUCACCAGGUAAGUCACCGGUAAGUCACCAGGAAGGUCACCAGGUAAGUCACCAGGUAAGUCACCAGGAAGGUCACCAGGUAAGUCACCGAGUCACCAGGAAGGUCACCAGGUAAGUCACCAGGUAAGUCACCA